UGAGCUUCCUCAAAGCGAAAUUCUGGGAUUGUGCCAUUCCCGUACUAGUUUCUCCACUAAAAAAAUUGAGAGCAAUAAUUGUCAUUUUUAAUCAGAAGCUGCGAAAACGAGUGUUCUUGAUCAGCAGCUCUUUGCCUGAGUUUUUUCAAAGCAAAAUUUCCGGCAUGGAAGUCGUGUCUUCGAUUGUCAGUGGAGCGGUCGUAGAAACUGGUCGGCCUCUCUGUGGCUCUAUCUAUUCUACGAUCAAGAACAUUGUCAAAGGCCCACAACAGCUUGAUCUUUUGGAAAGCAAGAUGAAAGCCCUUAUGGCUCUUAGAAAUGAUGCAGAAGAAGAAAUGAGAAGUGCUAAGAGAGACGGAAAAGUAAUAAAAGAGCAAGCCACUGUGUGGGUUGGGGAGGUUGAUAAGCUGCAGUAUAAGAUCAAUGAUCAGAUUCAAGAAGCAAAGAGUUCCCGAUGUUUCUUAAGUUGCAGUACUAAGCGGUAUAAAAUAAGCAGGGAAGUGCCAGAACAUCUCACAGAGAUAGAAAGGCUUCGAGAAGAGGGAAAGUCCCUUGCUGGUUCCGUGGCUCUUAAUUAUUCAGAGUUCAAAGCUGUGGCGCAUUUUCCUGGACCUUCAAUUAAAGAUCAACCAGCAUCAGUAUCAGAAGAUUUAGCCAAAAUUACGACUCUAUUGUCUGACGAUAGAUACCAGAUAAUUGGUAUAUGGGGGAUGGGAGGCGUCGGCAAAACUAAUCUGGUGAGAAAUUUGAACAAUGAGCUCGAAAAUAAUUCAAAUCGGCCUUUUACCUUUGUACAAUGGGUUAUCGUGUCCAAAAAUUUGGACAUGAAAAGGCUCCAGAAGGAAAUAGCUGAAAGACUGUGUUUGAAAAUGGAAGAGAGUUUGGGAGCGGAUGGAAUGGCUGCUAAACUUCAUCGAAGACUAAAGGAGGAACGUUUUCUUCUCAUUCUCGAUGAUGUUUGGGAGAAAAUUGAUUUGGACAAAUUGGGCGUCCCGCGGCCUGAAGAUCAUAGGGGUUGUAAGAUCAUAUUGACAUCUAGAUCUUUGGAUGUAUGUAGGAACAUGAUGCUGACUGAUGUUGAAUAUAAAAUAAGCGUUUUGAGGGAUGAAGACGCUUGGCAACUAUUUAGUCGAUGUGCAAGGGGUGUGGUUAGUUCAGAUCAAAUCAAACCACUUGCAGAGGCAAUUUGUAGAGAGUGUGAGGGAUUGCCUUUGGCCAUCAUCACCGUGGCAGCGGCAAUGAGAGGAAAGACGAAUCCUGAGGUAUGGAAGCAUGCUUUGAAUCAAUUGCGAAGAUCGGAGCCUUGUGCAGUAGGCGUUGAGGAGAAGGUCUAUAAGCAUUUGAAGUGGAGUUACGACUCAUUAGCAGGUAAAGACUUGAAAACUUGUUUCCUUUACUGCUCUUUGUUUCCUGAGGACUUCCCAAUUGAAAUAAAUGAACUAGUAUUGUACUGGCUGGCGGAAGGUUUGAUUAAUGAUGAAGAAAAGUAUGAGGAUUGCUACAGUAGAGGAAUUAGUUUGAUUGAAAAUCUGAAGGACGCCUGUUUGUUGGAAGAUGGUUCCUAUAAGGGCACAGUGAAGAUGCAUGACGUUGUUCGUGCUGUUAGCAUAUGGAUUGCAUCAAGUACCUGCAGUGAGGAUGGAAUUGAAUCCCAGCUUGUUCGUUCAGGGAAUGGGUUGAAAGAGAUUUCAACUGCUGAGCUAUCAAAUUCUCUCAAAAGAGUUUCUUUCAUGAAUAACGACUUAGAAAGACUACCUGAUGAUGUCUCUGUGAUACAAUGUUCAGAGGCAUCAACUUUGCUACUGCAAUAUAAUCCUCGCCUUGACUUAAUUCCUGAAAGAUUUUUGAAAGGAUUUGAAGCACUGAGAGUCUUGAAUAUCAGUGGGACCGGCAUCAAGUCAUUGCCCGUUUCUCUACUUCAACUGGAUGAUCUCCGUGCUCUUCUUUUGAAUAAUUGCAGGGAUCUGGAAGAAUUGCCCCCGCUGGAAAGGCUCAGUAGACUUCAAGUGCUUGAUCUCUCUUGGACUGGUAUCAGAGAAUUGCCAAGAGGAUUGGAGCAACUCAGCAACUUAAGGAACCUAAACUUAAGUCGGACUUACGGAUUGAAAGCGGUUCAAGCUGGAGUCAUAUCCAAGUUGUCUAGUUUAGAAGUUCUAGACCUGUCAGACAAUGUCUACAUUUGCGAAGUGAAGGGAGGGGUAAAUAAGGAACAAGCAUGUUUUGAAGAGCUCCAAUGCCUUGGGCGGUUACAAGUCUUAUCCAUAAGAUUGAAAUGGAUCCCGUCUCACAGUUCUCAAGAUACAAUUAUUUCCUUGACAAAUAAAUUAAAAGCAUUCAUAAUUGACAUCGGACCGUCGAUCCAUUCUAGUCUUACAGAAUGGUGUUUGCAUUCAAGAGUAGAUCAAGAUUCUCCACUCUCGGGUGCUCAAAAAUGCGUGAUUAUGGAUGGGAUUGAUCUCUCGGGAGGACAGAUCGAGUGCUGGUUGAGUAAUGCAAGUUACCUAUACUUGAGGAGUUGUGGAGGACUGAAUGAGAUGCUACAUGAUUUGGUCAUUAACAGUGUUCGCAGCUUUACAUAUUUAAAAAAGCUUGUGAUUUGUCAAUCUUACAUCAAUUUUCGGACUGAAGGACGUGCAGCACAGGAUGGCCUACUACCCAAUUUGGAGGAACUUGGUUCGAUAGGCAUGACAGGCAUUGAAAGCAUUUCAAAACUAGUCAACCUUCUCGGACUGAGAUUUCAGAGACUGGAAACAAUAGUUGUGGCUAACUGUCGGGAGGUGAAAUAUCUUCUCUCCUUCGGGAAUUCCAUUCGCACAAUGCCAAACCUAAAAGUAAUCGAGGUAUUGGAUUGUCCCAAUUUAGAAGAGCUCUUCAAUUAUCAUCCAUUGCAUGAGAUCAAUAUCGCUCCAGAUCCUAUUACCCCAAAACUACAGAAAUUGAAAUUGGAGUACCUUCCCAAAUUAAGGAAUCUUUGUAAGGACGAAAAGACUUGGCCGGGUAAUAAAGUGAAGGUUGACGUGGUCGACUGCGAUCUUCUGAGUACUGAGCAAUAAUAAGAUGGAAACUGAGUUGCAUUGGAGUGACAUGCUGGUGAAAACUAAAUAAUAUUUUACGUGUUUUUGUUGGAGUGAGGUGUGCAAUAUAUGUAUAAUUUUUUUUUUUUUUGACCUAAUGUAUUAGUUUUUGGAAGUUUAUAUUAUGUGUGCAUGUUAAAAUUUUAUAUA